AACGCUUCGAUGCGCUAUCUCGAAACAUAGAUUAAAAGGCGGAGGGCGUUCGUAAACGAAACAAUAGGGAUUGGAACGAACAUGUUAUAGACGUUGAUGCUUACAUUGGUUGUGGAUUAAGUACUAGUUGACACGGUGUAUCACCUUCGUAGUGUUUUAGCUAUAGACGUUACUGCAAUUUUUCAUCUAAUAAUUUCAAGGUACAUUACCUAAUAUGGUGCUGUGACGCUAUUUCCGUUUCGAAGGUAAGGGCGCUUUCCAGGAAUUCUAUUGACACGAAACCGCAUCAAGAACGCCUCCAAAUUUUUAGUGCAAAUACUAGAUUUAUUAAUGGACAGUCACUAAUAUUCGUCGUUAGCAGUGACAUUUCGUAUUAGCGAUUAAACAAAGCAAUAGAAGAUGUCUUUCCGUGUGGUAAGAAGUAGCAAGUUCCGUCAUGUAUACGGAUCAGCUCUGAAAAGAGAACAAUGUUAUGACAAUAUUCGAGUGUCAAAGUCAUCGUGGGAUUCCACUUUCUGUGCAGUAAACCCAAAAUUUUUGGCGAUCAUUGUUGAAUCGGCUGGUGGCGGAGCGUUCGUCGUCUUACCUUUGAGUAAGGUUGGUCGCAUUGCAGCAGACCAUCCGUUGGUUGGUGGACAUAAGGGGCCAGUCCUAGACAUAGCAUGGUGUCCACACAAUGACAAUGUUAUUGCUAGUGGUUCAGAAGACUGUGUUGUCAAGGUGUGGCAGAUUCCGGAUGGUGGUAUCUCUAGAACACUUACAGAACCUGUUGUGGAUCUUGUAUACCAUCAAAGACGAGUUGGUCUUGUCUUGUGGCACCCAACUGCCUUGAAUGUCCUUCUCACUGCAGGUUCUGACAACCAAGUGGCAAUAUGGAAUGUGGGAACAGGUGACAUUUUGGUGCACAUAGAUUGCCACCCUGAUGUUGUAUACAGUGCAUCUUGGAACUGGGAUGGUUCACAGCUCUUGACAACUUGUAAAGACAAAAAGAUGCGCAUCAUAAAUCCACGCACUGGCACUGUUGAGGAGGAAGCUGUGUGCCACGAAGGAAGCAAAGCAACGAGAGCAAUCUACUUGAAAAGUGGUCUGAUCUUCACAACAGGUUUUAGCAAAAUGAGUGAGCGCCAGUACUCAUUGCGAGCACCCGAACAUCUUGCAGAGCCAAUUGUUAUGGUUGAACUGGAUACAAGUAAUGGUGUGAUGUUCCCACUCUAUGACCCAGAUACAAAUCUUGUGUACCUAUGUGGCAAGGGGGAUAGUGUAAUAAGAUAUUUUGAAAUAACAGCUGAACCUCCAUUUGUGCACUACAUAAACACAUUCCAGACACCAGAUCCACAGAGAGGCAUUGGAAUGAUGCCAAAGAGGGGAUGUGAUGUUAACUCUUGUGAAAUAACAAGGUUCUACCGGCUAAAUAACUCUGGCCUUUGCCAAGUUAUCACAAUGACAGUUCCACGCAAGUCAGAGCUGUUUCAAGAAGAUCUCUACCCUGACACUGCUGGUGACACAGCUGCAUUGUCAGCAGAAGAAUGGAUAAACGGGCAAGAUGCAGAGCCGAUACUUAUUUCUUUAAGAGAUGGAUACCAACCAGCUGCUCAGAAAUCUGACUUGAAGGUUAGCCGUAAACCAAAUGUACUGGACAAGAUGCCCCCAAAGGGUGGACGUGGUGCAUCAUCCGCCAGUUCAGGAGGAAGCAGUGCUGGAGGUGGAGGAUCUGGAGCCUCACUUUCAGAUGACAUCAUUAAAGAGUUCCAAGAGGAGAUGAGAAAGAUGAAGGCUGUAAUUGUGAAGCAUGAGAACCGUAUACGUGCCUUGGAAGCACGUUUAGCAGCAUCGACGCCAGCAGGUGGCGGCCAAGGGGAUGAUGAAGGUGGUGAUGGUCUAGGGAUGGCGCACCCACCUGUUGCUGCAGGAAGUGGCGAUUCUGUCAGCAACAGUCAUCCGCAAGCUGUGACUGCGUCUUCAUCAGAUGAAUUAGCACCUGAUGAAGUUUAGCAUUUACCCAGAUCCAUUUGAAUUGGAAGUAGGCUACAGAGUCAUCACUGUGAUUCCCAUAUUGGGUCAGUCACUUAUAUGUAUUUUAAACGUUUUGUAAGCUAGGCGCAUCUGCUAUAUUUUUUACUUUCAAAAAUUGAGUUACAAUGUGUAAAAAUAACUGCCUUCAUUUAUUUUAAAUACAGCUGCAUUUGCAGCAUUGGUCUUCCUGACGAGAUGCUGCCUUGGGAAACGUAUGAGAGAAAUCUCAAUUAUUUAUUAUAUUUUUAAUGAACUGCACUUAUUGUUGUAGCUGAUACCAAAAACAACACCCAGUAUUUUUCAAUGCACUUGACCUAUAAUUUUACCUGAUUCGGUUUACCUUAACUUAUUAUUGAUUAUAUCUGUUACAUUGACCAUUCAGGCGUUUACAAAUUUAUAACCUAGCUGAUGUUUAAGUCUGUUAUUGUCUUGAUCCCAUUGACGUACCACUGUCUAUGAAAAUCCUACCAAAACGUUUUUUGAGCAUCUAAAUGUGUUUCUUCAUACAGUGUGGUGUUGCCAAAUGUAAUCAGUAGUUGAAAUUCCUGCACAUAGCAGGCCAGUAUUUUUCUGUGUAGUUCCCCCUGACAUUUAGUUGCAAAAAAUGUUCUUGAUUAAUUGAACUUGCUGUAUCUAGCACACACAAUACUUACUUCAUGUUAUUGGUGUUUUCAAGUUGUGAGGACUGUACUGUCACAAAAAAUAUGGGCUCUUCAUAUAUGCUCAAUGUGUGUGUGUGUGUGUGUGUGUGUGUGUGUGUGUGUGUGUGUGUGUGUGUGGUGUUUAAUGAAUGAGAGACCACUUAAUGCUCACACUGCAAGUUAAUUAGUUUAAAGUGCUAUUUUUAUUACAUUCUUGAUCUCUGUUACAGAAGAAUCAUCAGAACCCGCAUUUUUAAGUGGAUUUAUUUAUGUAAUUUAACAGCUUUAAGUAUUGUGUAUCCAUUAAUAGAAAGAAUUAAGUUUUUUUUAGAAUAGCUGUUGAUGUGUACUCGGGAGACAGAGGUGUAAAAAGAAAAGACUGUUAAAGAGCUUGUUUUGAAAUACUAGUCGCUUAUGCACAUAACUAAAAGGAGUCAUAGUACUUUGGUGCUCAGCCAAAACUUGCUCUUGUGCUAAUCUACCAUGCUGCAGAAACGAAUAUUUGCUAGUAAUAGAGCUUAUAUUUUGUAAAGAAGAAAACGUUAAUUUCUGAAAGCUGUUAUCACUUGUUUUUGAACGCACACUUUUAAUGUGAUUUUGAAUUGACUUCAGUGUCAGUCCUUUGAAGAACAGCACAUUUUCAUGCUGUUUAGAUUUCAAAUGUAAAUUGUUGGAUUUUGUAGAAGUUUAAUGUUGACAUAUAAUUAUGUGAUAACUUUAUCCAAGCCAGUAAUAACUAUUUUUGUACUCUGAGGUAAAUUGUACUGAUAUUUCAUACAUCACAACAGCAUCUUAGUGUACACCAUGAGCAUGUUGGAGAACAUUAAGUGGCUAUAAUUUUGAUAAUGAUAUAUAUAUUAUAUAUGUGUGUGUACUCGUACUCAUUCUGCAUAUCUCACUGAAGUAGACUUUGACUAUACUUUGUUACGUGCUAUUCCUCCUAUGGCAUUUUACCUUUGAACUGUGAGCUCAAAUGCUUCUUGAUGAUUGUGUGGUAAUACUUAUAUUUUUACUUUCUUGCGAAAUUUACAGUCAUUGUUUUAUACUUGAUAUGGGUGAUGUAGCACGAGUCAUUACCGUUAAGAUUUUCUGACCUAUUAAGAAGAUGAGUUUCAGGUUCCUAAGCUAUUAAUUUAGAAACCGAAAAUGAAUGCCCUUCAUUGUAACGUAGUGAGUACAGCAAUUCAGAAAGUAACUCUGUAGGAAGUGUCUUUUCAAUGCCAAAUUGUAAAUAAAGCAGUAAAGUCUGAAGCCCCCACUUAUCAUUUCAGGUGAUAUGCAUAUUGUAUAGAUACAUCAUACAAAAUGGUUCAUUAUUCUUUGUAAAUAUAUAUGCAUAUAAAUAUAUAUAUUAGUAAUUAUACCAAAAUGCUUUUGUCAUUUCUAAGGAGUCCAUGACAUAGUAUGUACGUUAAAAGCCACGUGUAGAGGCUUUCAAACAGGCUGUGUAUUUGUUCUGAAGGAAAAGAUAACUGUGACAACAAAAUUGUCUGUGGUUUUUUUUUUUUUUUUUUUUUUUUUUUUUUUUUUUUUUAAACUAAUUAUACAUGACUUUUUCUUAACCCACUGUGAGUUGUUAGACUUUAAAGUUUACUAAUUCUCUUGUAGUUCAGAUUUUUAAAUUCAGAAUUUUUCUGUGAUUGUGUAAAAACUGCCAUGUUAACUGUACAGCUCAUGUUAUACUUGCUUAAUUUUAUUGUUAUUGUGGAAGUGAAAUUGUGCUUAUUCUCAUUGCAGCAUUUACAGUACAAAGUGUAACCCACUUACUAAAAUGGUGCCUUCGGUUGAAAAAAAUAAUAUUGCAUGAUUUCUUUCAUUCUUUGAUCUAAAUUCAUGUACUUAAGAUAUAAUGUAUCUAAUAUAAAAUUAUUGUUCUGUAAAUUUGAUUUAGUUUAAUAAAAUGUUAAUUUUUGUCAA